CACUUUUGAAACUCGAUCACCGCCGCACUUUGGACGAUGGCAACUGUCUUCGACUUCCCCGCAACGGCCUUCGUGGAUGCUGCGGCAUGCGGCGACUUGGAUCAUGUGAAUGAUCUUCUAACGUCCACAUCCCCUUCCCUGACCGCGGAAGUGAUCAACAAGGUCGACAAAGACGGCAAGUCAGCGUUCCAUUACGCAUGCUUGAACGACGAUGCCAACCUGUUGCGGAUUCUCCUCGCAGACGAUCGCGUCGAUGUGUGUUUGGUGUCCAGGAAUGGGGAUUCGGGCUUCCACAUGGCCGCCUUAUACUCGUCCCUGAAAGCGUUGGAGCUUCUGCAUGGAGAUGGCCGGUUGAACAUAAACGCCCAGAACCAGUACGGCGAGACACCGCUCCAUCUGUGCGCCGGGUCUGGGGACAAGAGCGCGCAUCGCACCGCGGACUUGUUGCUUACGUUCGGCGCAGACCUCACGGUGACGGACAAGUGGGGACGCGGUCCCAAGGACGUGAGCCACGACAACGCGGAAAACCCCAUCGUCGAGACGUUCAAUGCGUACUUAUGGGAUCGAACUCGAUGCUCCCAAGAGCAUGCCGAUGCUAUCCACGGUACCACAGAGUCCUACCGUGCCAAGUUGGAGGAGGAGCGCGCGGCGGCGGCGCUCCAGGCGCAAUCGCGACCCAAAAUGGGCAUGAUGAUGUCGUUGGGGGGACUGAAAGGCGUUCAGCUCAAGAAGACCGAGACGGUGGUGAAAGCCAUGUUCAAGGCAGACGAAGGCAAGGUGUCUGGUGUUACCACCGGAAACGUAAGCAAUGGCGACGGCAGGACGGCGCUGUCCAAGCUAAUCGACUUCCCCGGGGACCUCGACGCCAUCACGCGGCAUCUAGCGGAUGUGGAGAAGGUGAACCCCGGCGGCGCGGAUGCAUAUGGACUUACGGCGUUACACAAGUUUGCGUCGUGGAACAAGACCGACUACAUCGAGUUACUCCUGCCACACUUGGCCGCCCCCACCGACUUGAAUGCGCAGUGUCCCGAAGGCAAGACGGCGCUUCAUUAUGCCGUGGAAAUGGCGUCCGUCGCUGCCAUCAAGGUGCUCGUUGCAGCUCAACUAGACCGCCACAUCAAGGACAACAAGGGACGAACGGUGCAAGACAUCCUGGACGGCGCCACGGCGUCGGGAGUCAUUGAACGGAUAAGAAAUGCUCUCGGCGAGUAGCGCAUCACGGUUGUGUCUUGUAGCGAUGUCAAUAACGAAUGCUCAUGUCCGUCAGUGUUACAUCCACGUCGGAUGCCGACAGUUCCGCCGCGGCUUCUGGGAUUGGAUCGGAC